AUGUUUAACAUCAACGUGUGGCUCGAAUCUGUUGCCGGCCUGUCAAUCGACGAGGACAAUGUUGUCAAACCUUUUCGCAUGGGCUUCACACACACAAAUAUCCAACCAUUGGCUGACCUUGCCGAUGUUCCUGGAAGAGACUUCAGGCACGUGGCAGUGUUAGCCUCAGUAGACAUCAACUGGGACCCACAGCCGGGGGAUGUGAUGACACCAAGUUUAUCGAAAACACCAAACCGACAGACACCGAAGUUUCAGGCUUACCGUAAGACCAUCAAGACGUGGAGACUAUUCAUAUGGAAUACCGUCCUACCUGGCAAUAAUCGCGUCAUCCUUCUCCUUCCCCAAAGUGUCGCCCACCAACUCAAAGGCUCACCGAGGUUAUCUACGAAAACGUGUUACCCAGCAAAGGCCACCAGCCCCGCCCCAUCCAUAAGACUACCAGUAUAUAUACCCCUGUGCCAGGCUUGGGGUGGUCCGCACAAUUUCACAACCACCGAUGACGUCUGUCCAACUCAGAUGGAUGCAGAUAGAGUUGGCACUGCAGCUUGUCGGCUCCUCAACAAGUACCUACUGCCUAUCAGCGAAACUGAAUUCCCCGACCCGGUAGUGUACAGAAGCCCCUUCUCCGGCUUUCGCACACUGUUGGAGAUGCUAGCUCUUACCCGAGCGAUACCUAAUUUUGACUUUCGCACUCUACGUCACGUCUUCCAACACAAUGACAUGACAUACGGCUUUUACUGUCUGUCACCAACGCCUGGUCUUAGCCAUGACAUGCGCGGUGGUACAAAAUGGGCUGUAAAGCUACCAGAAUUCGUAUUAGACUGCGUGGACAGAGACGCUCAGCUUUGGCUGAAGGUUCAGAUGGAUGAGUCGUCGCUCCCGAGAGAAGCACUUGAUGCAAUCCCCGACCCCCCUGGCUGGUUUAGCUUUACUCCAGUAGAUCCUGCGUAA